AUUUAUCGGACGCAACCGUUUCCGGUGUGAGGUAAACAGAAGUUUGACAAGAGGCGGUUAGGUUUGACAUUGAACGCGUUUAUUUGGCUAUUUAUUUAGCGUUAAAUAUGGUUUCGCUGUCUUUAAAUUCAUUAAAGCAAAUAAUGAGAGCGAUGGUAGAUCAACCAGGCUUUGACAAAGUCCUGAGCAAGGUGGACGUCUUGUCUGCCAGUCCAGGAAAGGUGGUGUGUGAGAUGCGGGUGGACGAGGAGCACACCAACCGGGGAGGGACGCUACACGGCGGGUUGACAGCCACCCUGGUCGAUGUCAUAUCCACCAUGGCUAUCAUGUAUACUGAGAGGGGAGCACCAGGAGUCAGUGUGGAUAUGAAUAUAACAUACAUGAAUGCUGCCAAGAUUGGAGAGGAUCUACUCAUCACUGCUCAGGUUCUGAAGCAAGGACGGACGCUGGCGUUUGCCACUGUAGACCUCACCAACAAGGCCACAGGGAAGCUCAUAGCACAAGGGAGACACACUAAACACCUUGGCAGCAGCUAAGCUGUCUCCCCUCUGUGCCUGUCUGUAAAUCACAUCAUGUGAACUGUCAAAACAAGGGACACAGAUAAAUAGUUCUCAAAUCUACUGACUGUACAAAGGAUAUUAGUGGUCAGUUCCAUGUUGGCUGGUUACUAAAUGAAUGUUGCGCGCGCAUAUAUAUAUAUAUAUAUAUAUAAACAGUUCCAGAGAAACUAAUAGCUGUAUGGUCACUUCUGACCCAACAACUGUAUCGAUGGUACCAUUUCAUGCACAUGCAAUAAAACAAAUAGACAAGA